AUGGCUGCCUUGGCCGAACCGGAGGCCUUGGGCCUGGCAAUCCGGGGCGGCCCGGGCAAAGGUCGAGGGCCUCUCCGAGGCCGUCUGGCCAAUCAGAUCCCCCCUGAGAUCCUGGGUGACCCCCGGCUGAAAGAAGCUGUCCAGGCCUUGCCCUCUAACUACAACUUUGAGAUCCCAAAGACCAUCUGGAGAGUCCGGCAGGCACAAGCCAAAAAGGUUGCCCUGCAGAUGCCAGAAGGCCUUCUCAUGUUUGCCUGCACCAUUGUUGACAUUCUGGAAAGGUUCACAGACGCAGAAGCCCUGGUGAUGGGGGAUGUGACCUAUGGUGCCUGCUGUGUGGACGACUUCACAGCCCGGGCCUUGGGUGCCGACUUCCUGGUGCAUUAUGGCCACAGCUGCCUGGUGCCCAUCGAUGUCUCGGCCCAGGGUCUUCGGAUGCUCUAUGUUUUCGUGGAUAUCCAGAUAGACACCGCCCACUUCCUCGACUCAGUUCGCCUCACCUUCCCCCCAGCUACUUCCCUGGCCCUGGUCAGCACCAUUCAGUUUGUCUCGACCUUGCAGACAGCUGCCCAAGAGCUGAGAUCGGAGUACAAAGUGUCUGUCCCGCAGUGCAAGCCCCUGUCCCCUGGAGAGAUCCUGGGCUGCACAUCUCCCCGGCUCUCAGAGGAGGUGAAGGCCAUUGUGUAUCUUGGCGAUGGCCGUUUCCACCUUGAGUCUAUCAUGAUUGCCAACCCAGGUGUUGCUGCAUACAGGUACGACCCAUACAGCAAGGUCUUAUCCAGAGAGCACUAUGGCCACGAGUGCAUGCAAGCUACCCGUCAGAAAGCCAUCUCUGCUGCCUGUUCCGCCCGAUCCUGGGGCCUCAUCUUAGGCACUUUGGGCCGACAGGGGAGCCCCAAGAUCCUCGAGCACCUGGAAUCCCGGCUCCUCAACUUGGGGUUGCCGUUCAUAAGGUUGCUACUCUCUGAGAUCUUCCCCAGCAAGCUUGGCCUAUUCCCAGAAGUGGAUGUGUGGGUCCAGGUGGCCUGUCCACGCCUCUCCAUUGACUGGGGCACAGCCUUCCCCAAGCCGAUGCUUACCCCCUAUGAGGCAGCCGUGGCCCUUAAGGACAUCCCGUGGCAGCAGCCCUAUCCCAUGGACUUCUACGCGAGCAACUCCCUGGGGCCGUGGACUGCAAACCACGCGAACCAGCAGCUGCGCCGCGGGGCAAGGGCGGCUGCAUCCUCCUGCCAGUCCGAACAGUUGAAGGGGCCCGUGCCCGCCGUUCCGCUCGUCUGCUGCAGUGACUGCGCCUGCCGCGAGGAGGCGGCGCCUUCGCCCGCUCCCUGACACUUUUCU